GAAUUAGGUACGUCCCGAAGUCAGACGUCAGCAGGCAACCGUGACACAUUUUCAGCAUUCUCCAGGGAGAUGCUUGCUCGUCACGGGAUCUCGUGUAGGCCGUCCCAGGCAACAAAGCCUCUAGCGUCCAUCCAAGACGCGCUCCAGCCCACGUCAAAGGACGACAACUAGGUAGGCAUGAGCCACCUCCAGACACCUGCCUGGACCUGUGUUUCGACAAAGCGUCAAUUGAUGGUGUAUAAGACUCGAAGUUCCCGUCCUCUACCCUGGGAAGAACUCAAAUCCUCAACAGCUGUCUCCCUCCAGCAACAACGUCGCACCCUCUUGCGCAAUUGCGGCCACCCUACCAUUGAUCUCUCCUACACUUGUUUCGCUUUUCCUUGAAGCCUGUCCACUUGUUAUCUCUGCCAUCACUUUUCAUGAUGUCUUCACUCCAACUCCCAACGGUGCCGGUGCCUCAUGCCGAGCUGGCACGAUACAUCGCCGAGAAUCCAGGGCGUUCCAUAGUCGAACUUCUCGAGCCUUACAGGCAAUUCGAGGCUCAGUUGCGCCAGCUCUACGCGCAGGAGCCGGGCAAUAAUGUUCUCAAAAAUGAGCACAUCAACGUUUUCCCCCUCUUCACUGACGGCGGAAAAUCCGAGAUCAAGAUACGUGCCAGAAACCUUGAGGAUGAGCCCCAAGCUGAGAAGGACCGAUAUGUCAUGGCACUGCCCGAUGAGCAAAGGCGUCCUGACGGCUCGCCUGCUGUUGUCCAGUCGCUCAAGGAGUUCCAGCACAAUUUCAAUGUCUUUUCCGAGUCAUCGCUUGUCGAUCUUGAUUGGAGCAACGUCGUCGCCUCCGGCUCGUCCGUUGUCAACACCCUACUACCUGUUCCGCAGCGAUAUGGUGAUUCCAAGAGAGCUCUAAGGGAGUUCUACCACGAGAAGUUCUGCCCAGCCAGUGAUGUGGACCUUUUCAUUUACGGAUUGACCGAGGAGCAGGCCAUUGAGAAGAUCAAGCAGGUCGAAACUAGCAUUCGGGAUUCUAUACUGACUGAGACCACGACUGUUCGAACCAAGAAUGCCAUCACGAUUUGCAGCCAGUAUCCAACUCGUCAUAUCCAGAUAGUCUUACGCAUUUACAAGAACGUCUCGGAGAUCCUCACGGGAUUUGACAUCGACUGCUCUGGUGCUGCCUAUGAUGGCAAACAAGUGUACUGCACGCCAAGAGCAUUGCAGUCAUACAUCACUCAAAUAAACCACAUUGACCUCUCGCGCCGGAGCCCCUCAUAUGAGAACAGGUUGUCCAAGUACUCCCACCGAGGUUUCGAAGUCUACUGGCCCGACCUUGAUCGUUCACGCAUUGACCCUACCAUCUUCGAAAGGAGCUUUCAGCGCACUCUAGGUCUAGCGAGACUUCUCGUCCUGGAAAGGUUGCCAACGGCGUCUUCUCGAGAUUCAUACCUCGCCAAGCGACGUGAGGAGCGUGGCAGGCCGCCUCUGAAUCGUCACCACUUUCGAGGUCUUGCCGGUAACAUCAAGGAAAACCACGAAGAUGAGAUUGCCGAGUGGGUGAAUGAGGAAGAGGUGUCUAACUACCACACCUUCACGGUUCCCUACGGCGCCAAGUUUCACGCAAAGAAGAUCGAGAAACUAUGUUACACCAGAGACUUGUUGCUCAAUGCGGAAUGGAACCAGCCUAAGGAUCGUGAGGUCUAUCUGCAUCGUCAUCCUGCCUUCUUCGGUCGCUUCGAAGAUGUCAUGAACGACUGCUGCGGUUCGUGCCCAAAGCCGGAGACGGAGGAGGAGAAAGCCGUUCAUGAAGAAGAGAGCAAGACCUACGUUUCUGGGAACAUUUCCUUCCUCCAAGAUGACCCAGGGAGACAGCAAAUUGGGUCUUUCAAUCCUCUCACCGAGGAUGAUUGGACAGAGAUGGCUUACAUUGGCAACACUGCUCGUCUGUGCCAGGACAUCGUUGAUGGAGAGCUUGAACAUGUCCAGGACUGGCUUUCUCAAGAGGGCGCUGAUCUAAAUACGCGCGACCACACGGGCAGGACGCCUCUCCACCUUGCCGUGACAAGCUCUACAGUGGAUGUCGUGAAGUGUCUUGUUGACCACGGUGCUCGACUUGUUGCACGGUUGGCAGACGGCAGGACUGCACUUCAUUUGGCAGCAGAGAGAGGCAAUGCUGAUAUUGUCAAGAUACUCAUGGACAAGAGUACUGCCAACGAGGCCGAAGAGGAGGAGAAGCAGUCUCAGAAGAAGAGCGCCAAGACGACAUCCGCUUCCCGGGAAGAUGAAUCUAUGGAAGACAGUGUUUCGGACAUGGAAGUUGUUAGCGAUGUCGAGUCCGAGUCCGAUGAUGAACAACAAAGCAUGGCAACCGGGUCGUUCGUCAAAGUCAAGAAAGAUGAAAGUGUCGCACCCGCCGGGGCAGUACCGGAAGAUAAGGAAGAUGACCCCGACUUCUACGACAUCAACGUUGUGGCUUGGGACUCGCCUUGCUCUGCCAUGCAUUUCGCCAUCAUUUGUGGACACGAAGAAGUGGUCAGGCUUCUUUGCCAGGAAUACGGAGCUGACAUUCUGCUCCCUGUCAAGUACCUAAACGAGGAGAAGCAGCCGACAGCCGCUAUCCUGACGCUGGUCUUAUCGAUCAAGCUUCCAAUCGACAAGGCGAAGUCGAUGGCGAAGACUAUUUUGAGCCUCGGCGCGAGCUCUGCUCAGGCCGACAUGAACGGAUCAACGGCGUUUCAACGCAUAGUAGAGGAGAACUCUACUGAGCUCGUUGAGGUGCUCCUGACCUUGGACGAAAUUGGCGCAAAGAACUCCCUCAAUCACUUAUCCUUCAGUGGUUGGCAACAGAUGGACUCGACUCUGCAGCACGCAAUCAAGGGCGGAGAUAUAAGGCUCGUUCUCCAGCUUCUUGACGCUGGUGCAGUCCCGCAGAUUGACUUCGAGAUGUGGUUGAAGGCAGCCAAGCAGUCACCCAAGAUGGACUACCACUUGCGAGACAUUGAAUCCAACACAAAGCUCUUCGAGAGAGGCACUGAGCAACCGAUCAUCACCGCCAUACAAUCUUCGGACCCGGCCAUCGUGCUAGAGCUAUUGAAGCGCGGUGCUGAUGUCAAUACGAUGACGACGCAAUCUUAUCAAGUCGUGCAUAAUAAAACAUAUGGGUACGGUAUUGGAAAGACCUUGCUGGAUCUCGUUGAAGAUCAGCUCGACCGCCUGCGAAUGUACGAACCUCCGGCGGUGAACCCCCCCGAGCUCAAAUCCGGAAUGGAAGAAGUCCUGAAACAGUACAAACAAGGGAGUUGGCAAUGUGCUGCUGUGGAAACAGCUGUCUUUGAUGCUCACAGGCACAACGAGCGGACACUUGAGCAUCAUGAGAAGGAAAAGGCACGCAUUGCAGGGUUGGAAGGUGUCCAAGAGAUGCAGGCCGCGGUAGACACAGCUAUCUCCAAGUUUGAAGAGAUCAAACAGUUCAUCAUCUCAUCCGGCGGCAAAACCUUCGGCAAGCUUCACCCUAAUUCCGGAUAUUCGCGGUUGCCUCGGCAGAACCGAUGGCAGCCAGCAAAGGAGCCUCUCGAAUUCCAGUACAAUUUCCAAUUCUUCGGUGUGCCUGAUGUCACGGAAAAGAGGAUGGACAAGUACAUUGAGCUUUUUGAAGCUGCAUGGUCUGGGGACCUCGACACAAUCAAGGCCCUAACUCUUGUCUCUUGGGACCCCGAAAAUAAUGAGCCACCCUUGCAAAUUGCUGUCAACGACGGAUCGAACAGUCCGUUCUCGCUGGCUUACAUGCGUGGUCACCUUGACGUUGCCAAGACGAUCCUGGACAUCGCGCAGGCUCAAUACGUACCAGCGGAGAAGCCUGUGACGCGAUACCGCAUGCAAUCUAGCGAGGACGAAUAUUCAGAGGAUUCGGAUAUCUCGAUGGAUGAUGACGACGACGACGAGCCGCGCAUCUUGGGUCAGAUUGUUGACGAGCACUUUACCAUCGAUAACGUUGGACAAGUUUCAAUGCAAGUCAAGAGCCGUACCAAGCCGUUGACAAUGCUGAAUUGGUCUUUCCCAACUCUUCGCUUGGAUAAUGGAAAACACAGAUUCUCUGGUGGCGGCUCUCUUCUGGACCAUGUCAUUGCCAAUGAUGACCGCGAAGGCUUGAAAUACUACUACGAUCUGGCAGUCUACUAUUCAGAUCGGGAUGAGGACAAGGACGAUGAAGGCAGCCGCUUCGUUGCAUUCCCGCAAUCCGCUUUCUGGAGCGCCGUGGAGAUGGGAAGAAUCGGGAUUCUUGCGGACAUGAUACAGUGGGCUGGUGCUGGUCUUCCUCUUGAAGCGCUCAUUAAGAAGACUGGUGUCGAGCUGAAGGAGAAACCAAAAUACUACCAGGGUCUUACUGUCUACGGCAAGAAGAGAAAGGACUGGGCUAACGCAGGACGCAAUGUUAUUUCCCGGCCUAAAGAAAGCACAGAGUCUCCCCUUCUCCGUACCUCCCAGAAGGGAUGCAUCGAAUCUGUCGAAUGGUUCUUGAGCGACGCCCCCUUGAGAAACUACAUCGAGUUCGGAAAGUCAAAGGCAGCGAAGGAGGAUGCGAGGUUGAAACACCUUCAUCAAUCCCAAGGAGGCUUCGAAAUGGCAGUGGCGAGGUGGUUGAGUGCUGAGAACGACCUCGUGAUCUCGGCUGCAGUUCUUGGCCCGAACGACCACAGCGCCCAGCGCCUUGUUGAGUAUCUCGUCAAAGUCUACCCUUCUGCCAUCGAAGCCAAGGGGUCAAACGGCAGGACGCCUCUUUGGUUGGCUAGUUGGCUUGGAAGACUCGACCUUGUGAAGGUCCUUGUUGCCAACGGAGCCGAUCAGUCGACCAGGGACAGCAGCCAUGAGAACAUACUCCAUGCGGCUCUCGCGAAUGACCCAGAUCCUGAGAAGCUUGACGUCUUCCUCAAAACCCUCGACCCCGAUCUGGUACGCGAUGUGAUUCUUGACCGUAGUGGGCACAACACCAGCGAUGGGCGAACACCCCUUCAACGAUGGCUUGCAACGAACGCCAAGUCCAUCUCGGACAAGCCCGAACGAUAUGUCAAGGUCCUCCGGCUACUGCUAGAGUACUCGGGGGGCAAGGACCUCGACACCCUCGACGCCCGCGGCGACACGCCACUGCACACCCUAAUCCGUGAUCAAGCCGACCCGGCGAUGAUCAGAGAGAUCCUGAACUUCAACCCAAAACUACUGCACCGCGAGAAUGCAGUAGGCCAGACCCCGGCGGACGUAGCCCACGACGCCUUCGUGCGCGCCUGCGUCCCGAAGCACAACAACAGGCUCAUGUACAGCUACCACCGCCACGGGGACAAGUCAGUCGCGGGGGUCCUCCUGGACAGGCCGUUCGAGGAAUCCGCCCGGCUGGCCAAGCACGGGGAGCCUGCCAAGAAGCCCUCGACGGUGCAGCAGAUCUACGACCUGGCGGCCGAGUUCGCCGCCGCACACCCGGGCAAGAGGCGCCUCGUCAGCCUGCACGAGGCCAACGACGUCGCCAGGCGGAUCGGCGAGACGUACCAGGGCCAGCGGUACGGCUGGAAGGGCUUCGGGGGCGCCUGGGGGAGGCGGCGGCGGGCGCACAGGGGCGUGGCUGACAACCUGCCUGAUGAGGAGGCGGUCGCGGCGGAGGAACAGGCUGUUGAUGUGCUGUCCAGGCGCAUGUUUGAUCUGCGCCUGUCUGCGUGGGACGAACCCAAGAAAGGGACCGGGUUUGUGGGAUGAGUGAGACGGCACGGUGGCUUUCGUGCUCCCUUUUUCUGGGCCAUCGUCUGCCAUCAUUUGCAGCUCUCUUCUGUUCCACAUCAUCCGUCGUUCCCACUUGCUGUUUUCAUUUUUUUUCUUGGGCAAGAUACUUCGCGAUUGAAGGGCAAAUUGUCUCUCGAUAAGAUAGGCUGUAGGACACACCUGGGGAGAGAGGAGAGAAACAGAGCAUCUUCUCGUUGAAAAUUACUUCUACCCGACUGUGAGAAGGAAUUUCACACAUAUCAUCUCGGAAAUAUUGCAUGUUCAAAAGUCGCCAC